CAACACUAGUAUCCUCGUUUCUGGUGCAAACAUGUCUCGCAGUGCCCGCCCCCUCACAUCCGCCCGUGUGCUGCACAAGAUCAAGGAGUUGACCACGCCGGAGACCAGCGCCAAGUUCGUGUUCAACCGCAAUCCGAGGAAUCUGGAGAGAUUGCGGAUUGCCUAUAAGCCCGGCGGCUAUCACCUGGAGAAACCCGGCAGGUCCUACUGGCACACACUGGAGAUCAAUACCAGCGGCCGAUAUGUGAGCGCCGAGGUGAAGCAUUUCGAGAAUGGAACCAUCUUGAGCGCCAGCACCCAGGAGUGGGCCAUAAAGCAGCAGCUGUACAAGACCAACGACACGGCCGCCUUCGUAAACCUGGGGCGCGUGCUGGCCCAACGUUGCCUGCAAUCCGGCAUCACUGAGAUGACCUGCAACGUGGAGGCCGUGCCCGGAAGCAAGCUCCAGAAACUGCUGCAAACCCUCAAGGAUAAUGGGGUCUCCUUCGAGGAACCCGCUCGCCUGCCCAACACACAGCCCUGGGAUGCCAAGCGGCACGAAAAACCCUGGGAGGUUACCGAACAGGCCCUGGGCACCACGACGCCCCAGAAGUCUGAUAAAUAACAAACACAGCCACCGCUUAGUUUUCGUUUCGUUUAGAAUAAACGUUGAUUAUUAUGCUAAUUA